CCAGGCCCCGCCCCGCCCCGCCCCCCAGCAGCGUCCACCCGGAGGCUCGGGCGCGGCGGGAAGCGAGUUGACCUUUUCGAGCCUCCGGGGCAGGAGCUGCGCCCUGUCGGCCGCCGCUGGGAGCCAUGCUGAGGAGCUGCGCCGCGCGCCUGCGCACCCUCGGGGCCGUGCCGGGACCCGCGCGGAGGUCAUUUUCUUCUGAGAAAGCCACUCAAAAGGACUAUUCACUCCCUAACCCCAGCUGGACCAAGGACAUAAGACUCCUUUAUGACCAGUUCAUGAAGAAAUGUGAAGAUGGCUCCUGGAAACGUUUGCCUUCAUAUAAAUAUACAAAGUUUGUGGAAGAACAAACGCCAAAGGCUCAGAUCUUCACAAGAAGCCUUGAGGAAGGCCUGGGCUUCGAAUAUGUGAUGUUCCAUAAUGAAGCUGAGAAAAGAGUAGUUUGUGUUUUCCAAGGAGGUCCUCAUCUGCAAGGAAACCAUGGAUACGUUCAUGGAGGUGCCAUUGCAACCAUGAUUGAUAUUACAGCUGGUACAUGUGCAGUUUUAACUGGAGGAUAUGCCAUGACUGCCAAUCUAAACAUCAAUUUUAGAAGACCUAUCCCCCUUUGUUCUGUUGUUGUGAUAAACAGCCAAAUUGAUAAAAUUGAAGGAAGGAAAUAUUUUAUUUCCUGUGAUAUUCGCAGUGUUGAUGAGAAGACGCUUUACUCAGAGGCCACGAGCUUAUUUAUAAAGCUGGAUCCUAACAAAGCCUGAAAUAAAAGAUCUUCUGGUGGGGGCUGGCAUUGUGGCAUAGAAGGUAGAGCUGCUGCCUGCAGUGUCAGCAUCCUAUAUGGGCACCGAUUCGAGUCCUGGCUGCUCCACUUCCAACCCAGCUCCCUGCUAUGGCCUGGGAAAGCAGCAGAAGAUGGCCCAGGUCCUGGGCCUUUGCACCCACAUAUGAGACACAGAAGAAGCUCCCGGAUCCUGGCUGCAGAUCGGCCCAGCUCUGUCUGUUGCAGCCAUUUGGAGAGUGAACCAGCGGAUGGAAGACCUCUCUCUGCCUCUGCCUCUGCCUCUGCCUCUCUCUGUAACUCUGCCUUUCAAAUAAAUAAAUCUUUUUUUAAAAAAAUCUUCUUGGUGAAUUCCACACUUUUGUGCAUCAGGCCUUCCCUCUUCCAGAUGAGACCGAUGCCCCCACUCCUGCCUGCUCACCCUCUGAUGAACCCCCAGGAGGAAGCCUGCCAACACUGGCCUUCCUGAACAGUCUUCUGAAUAUGACAGGAGGAGCUCACUUUCCACCAGAAAGACUGCUGAGAUGUGUGCGAGCUCCUCGAAGCUGUGCAAGAGGGACAUCUGCCCCACCGCAGACUGAAGAAAGGAUUGUAUUGAAACUUUUACUGAAAAUUUGGAAAUGCUAGAAAACCAAGUGAAGGAGCAAAUACAUGGGAGUGCAGCGGGUAUGUACAUAUGCACACACGUUGAAAGCUACAAAGCUGGCUUUGGUUAUCUGAACAAACCUUUUUGGCCAGAGUAGGAAACAGUUCCUAUAGACGUGGAUACCUCAAGUCUGUUCUCUGGGUUUCUAGGAAUUAAACUAUUGCCAUUUGGGACUGUAGCAGGUAAAGCUGCCGCCUGCAGUGCCGGCAUCCCAUGUGGGUGCCAGUUCUGUCACCGGAUCAAAAAGCCGUGGAAGCCAUGGGUUCUGUCUUCAAGCAAUAAAGAGUUCAGGCAUGAGACAGAGAGCGAAGUGAUAAGGCUUUACUGGGAAUAGGGACAGAGAGACAGUGCCCAGUCACUCGGACUGGGGGAAAACAAGGUUACAUGGUUGACUGGAGAGCAUGCCCAGAAUGCACCUGGGCAGGGCGGCUCAGCAGAGAGGUGAGCAGCAGACUGUUUGGACUCCCUAGGUUUUUAAGGGAGUCUGUUUACCUACCUCCUCCUCUCCUCCAGGACAAAGGAUGGCUAAGUCCUAGUGGAAGGGUUUAUUGGGUGAAAAUUAGAAAAUUCCUCCCCAGAUUUGCUGGGCCUGGGCAAAAGGGUUACCAUUAGGGCAUCUAUGAAGGUUUUAUUGCCCCAUGUUAUCAGGUCAGGUAACCUCUUUGGUCCUGAGGAGAGAGAAUUCCUGGGAGCUUUCCUUGGAGAAGGGCUGGGACCACCUGGGAGGUUAUCAGGGUCUGGGCAGGACUUUGAAGUACAAAAAUGCUGGGCUUCUGGAGCUUCCGCAGUAGGUGCUGAUCUUCAGGCCUGUCUCACACACACAUAGGGUAAAUUUCUGACUUCCCACCUAACAGUUCAAAUCCAGUCCUUGGGCCCCUGCCCCCAUGUGGGAGACCCGGAAGAAGCUCUAGUUUCUGGCACAGCUCCGGCCUUUGCAGCUAACUGGGGAGUGAACUAGCGGAUGGAAGACCUCUGUCUCUCUGCCUCUCCUUCUCUCUGUGUAACUCUGACUUUCAGAUAAAUCUUUAAAAAAAAAAAAAAAAAAAAGCUGUCAUUCGCCAUUCUUAACAUAGGCUGUGCUGUCCUAUCUCCCCACCUAUAUAGUCUCUCAUCAGUGGAAGUGCUCCGUAACAAAGUACCCUACACAGGAUGGCUUACACCAACAACAACUCCAUAAUUCUGGAAGCCAGAUCAAAAUCAAGGACUUAACAAGGCUGUGCUCCCUCUGAAGGUGCUGGAGGAGGAUCUGUUCCAUUCUCUCCCAGCUAGGAUAGCCACAGGCAAGCUUUGGUUUGUAGAUAAUAUCUCCGCAAUCUUGCAUCUUGUGUGACAGUCUGUGUGACUUUGUCUUUCCUUGGUGCAUAUCUGCCUCUGUGUCUGGAGUUCUCCUUCUUAGAAGAACACCAGUCAUAUUGUGCGGUCUAUCUGAAUGACCUCGGCUACCUCUGUAAAGACCCUGUUUCCAAAUAUGGUCACAUUACAAGGUCCUGGAAAUAAAGACAUCAUCCUAUCCUUUUGGAAGGAACAUAUUUCAACCCACAGAAGAGCCUCAGACAAGACUAAAAAUUAAUUGGGAGAUUAAUAUUCUGGAAAACAUUCUGUUUGCUACUGUAGGCACUAGAUUCUUUAAGUGUCUCUUUUUUUAUUUUUUAUUUAUUUCAGAGGUAGAGUUACAGAGAGAGGUCUUCCAUCUUCUGGUUCACUCCCCAAGUGGCUGCAAUAGCAAGAGCUGGGCUGGCUCUCCCACAUGGGUGUAGGGGCCCAAGCACACACUUGAGCGAUCUUCCACUGCUUUCUUAGGCCUCAAACAGAGGGCUGAAUCAGAAGCAGAGCAGCCAGGACACAAACUGGCGCCCUUAUGGGAUGCCAGCACUGCAGGCAGAGGCUUAGCCCGCUACACCACAGCACCAACCCCAGGCAGUAGAUUCUUUGGGCUUCCUUUCUUGCUUUUCUUUCCCCAUAAGACGUUUAGGCUGAACCAUGUGAAAUUGCCAUUUUUGAAGUUGAUUGAACAUCAACAGUUUACUGUUCCAACCUUGUAACUUAGGGAUAGCCUGUAUCACUCUACCUAGAUUUCCUUCUGUUACCGGAGAAUGACAGGGUUCUUGUCUUCGUGCAAGAAAGAAUUCAGGCGUAAGACAGAGUAGUGGAAAGUAAAAAGUAGCAAAGUUUAUUAGGGUAGGGACAUCUGUAAGAACGGAUGGGCACCUCUCCAGACAGGACCUGAGAGUGCCCAGUCACUCGGACUCGGGGUUGGGGGGGAGCGAGGUUACAUGGUUGAGUAGAGAGAUUACACCUGACCAGGCCAGGCGGAUGACUCAGCAGAGAGGCAGAGGGCUGAGAGCACAGUCUGGUUGAGGCCAGGGGUUUUUAAGGAGAUGGGUCUUUGUCUUCAUACAUCUCCUCCUGAAACAAAGGAUUUUAUGGAUGUAAAUGUUAAGAAGUUCCUAUCUGAGUUUUCCCUUGAAGGUACAUUUCCUCCUCCUGAGUUUUCCCUUGAAGGUAUCAGACAGGAGGAAGGGUGAGCAGGACCCCCUAGAGAAUCAGGAUCUGGAACAGGGUGUUUGAAAUGCAAAUACUGGGCUGCAUCUGGGAGAUUGUGGAAGAUUUGUCAGGCAGAAGGGGUGGGGACCUCCACCUGGCAGAUUAUCAGGUAGAAGAGGGCAGGGCAAGAUGCAAAUACUGAGCUGCCCCUGAAACAUUAUCAGGAUGACUUUGAGAUGCAGAUGCAUAUGCUGGACAUAGUCUUCUCUUUAGGCCUGUUACACACACAUAAGCUCAUAUCUAACUUCCUACCUAACAUUCCCCCCUCAAGAGGCAAAUACCCAAAAUUCUUCUUUGGGAUUAUGGGUGGAGUUCCGUUUUCUGUAACUUCAUCAAAGCUGGCAUGUGGGUGUCACAGAGGAUUUGGGUAUCUCCUCUUGCUAUCUGUCUUAUGGUAUGCAACAGUGGCUUUGGAAAGACUGUCCUGCUCAGUCCAGAGGGCUGCUCAGGUCGUCCAAUGGAAUGGGCUGGAAGCCUUGUCUGACGACCAUUUGGAGUUUGACAGCUUUUAUUCUGUUAGAGACAAAACGAACAAGGGCAUUAAAAACACACGGUCCAAAGAGAAGCAGCAAGAUUAUGGAAGUUAUUGGGCCAAGGAGAGGAAAUAGCCAAGAUUUCCAUGACCAGAUGUCAGGCCAGAAAUCCCAGCCCUGCUUGGCCUGUUCCUGGAGGUGCUUGGCUUUGUCCAGGAAAGUACGAAUUUGGGUUUGUACCUGUCCAGUCUGAUUGCCCCAGAAACAACACUCUUCUGGAGCAUGGCACAGACACCUCCCUGAGCAACAGUUAGCAUGUCUAAUGCUCAUCUGUUUUGGAGAACAACUGCAGCCAAAGAGUUGAUCUGAUUUUGGAGAGUGAAGAGAGAUGCUGCUAUUUGGGUGUUAAGACCAGCCAGUUCGGAGGAGAGGCUAGUAUACAUGUUGUUUGCUGAUACUGCACCUGUUGUGCCUGUAGCAACUCCUGCCACUCCAGCCACCCUGCUGACCCCUACCAGGAUGGGGAUCAGGGGGGGAAUCCUCUUGGAAAGUCGAGAAGUAGUGUGUAAGGGAAUCGGUAUGGAAGCUGAAGCAUUAGCAACAGAUAUAGUAGACAGGACAUAGGCCAGGGGACAGAGCCCUGUCCAGUUAGAAGGUAAGCAUUGGUAAGCAAGAGUCCCACAGACAAAGUAUAUCCCCCCUGUGGGAGGGAGGCACCCAGAGAGGUGGUGUACGCUAAGUUGGGAAUUUUCAGUAGUGGUGCAUUUGAAGAAGUAUGUGGCAGCAAAGGAAGCUGCAGUUAGCAGACUAAAACAUGGGGUGUUGUUGUGGGAAGUAAAAAGUAGCAAAGUUUAUUAGAGUAGGGACAUCCACAAGAAUGGACGGGCAGCUCUCCAGACAGGACCUGAGAGAGAGUGCCUGAUCUACAUUUAGGUGGGGGGGUGGGUAAGGAGAUAGGUCUCCUCUUCACACAUUUCCUCCUGAAACAAAGGAUUUUAUGGCUGUAAAUGUUAAGAAGCUCCUAUCUGAGUUUUCCCUUGAAGGUAUCAGACAGGAGGAAGCCUAGCUGGUGUCAUCCUGGGUUCAGAGGAAGGGUGAGCAGGACCCCCUAGAGAAUGGGGAUCUGGAACAGGGUAUUUGAAAUGCAAAUACUGGGCUGCAUCUGGGAGAUUGUGGAAGAUUGUCAGGCAGAAGGGGCGGGGACCUCCACCUGGCAGGUUAUCAGGUAGAAGGGGGCAGAGCAAGAUGCAAAUACAGGGCUGCCCCUGAAACAUUGUCAGGAUGACUUUGAGAUGCAGAUGCAUAUGCUGGACAUAGACGUCUUCUCUUUAGGCCUGUCACACACACAUAAGCUCAUAUCUAACUUCCUACCUAACACUUCCAUAGCCAAAAGGUCAGCUGGAGUCCUCCACUGCCAGAACCAACCUCCCCUAGAAUGACAAGGUCAGAGGAGGAAUCGAGUCCCUGGAAACUUUGUCUCUAUCGCCCCCUACAGUUCCUAAACCGCAAGAAGGGGUGCAGCAGGUGAGGGUGGGGGAAAUGCUACAAAAGUGAAACUGGCAGAUCCUUCCCCCUCUUAGAGCUUAGGAAAGUGCCCUUGGGAGAUGGCUGAGCUCUCACAACUGGAAAUAACCUCUCCUUAACCCUGUCUCCCUUCAAGCAGGCUCCUAAGACGGCUGUAACUUACAGCUCGCUUUUCAUGGAAGCCAGCCAUGUUAAGAAACACAAACUGAAUGAAUGAGCCAGCCCUGCUGUCUGGUUUGUAGAAAAGUAAGUUCAGGUAGUGAGGGUACUUCAGCCUCCGUAUUUGAUUUGCCAUCCCAGUGGGCAUGCAAAACUGUUCUAGCACACCUGCCUCCCCCCCCCCAUAAAAGACCUAACUGAAAGAAUGCCAGAUGACCAGCUUUUCUUCCUACUAAAGAUGCUCUCAGCUCUCUGUCUGUAUUUUUCCUUUUUCUACCUACUUGUACAGUUCCAGUUCUCACCCAAGCCUGAUCUCGCCCAGAGAGCAUUGCAGCAUGUAAGCGAGACCACACAAGACCAGGCGCUGGUGACGCAGUCUCCCCGUCGUCAGGGAGGAGUAAUGGUUUCUUUGGUUGUAUUUGUACGGAAGGUGAACAGUCAGGAGGAAGGAGCAGUCAGAGUUGCUGCCAGCUCCCUCCAGCCCUGCUGACCCGAUGGGACUGUUCCUCACCGCCUGUUUCCCCCGCUCUCCACUGGAUGGGAAGCAGUAUUUUGAGUGAAGAUUAGGAAUUCAUGGUUAGUGUUAAAAUACCUUUGAGCUAUCAGUGCAAACAUAACUAGGUAGUGGGUUUUCACUCUUACUGCCAGGUUUCUAAAUACCUAAGGAACACAAUAAUGACAGUCAUGUACAAAAAUACAUUAUUGGAAGAACUGAAAAUAAUGUAAAAUAAAGUUUUUUCUCUAGUGGGAAGGUGAAAUGAAACAAAAUGAAGUCAAGAAAAAUGUUUGUGCUGUAUUAAGGAAGCUCAUGCCUGCCAGGUUCCUACAUCCCUCCUCUCUAAAUACCCCUUCUAAAUACCCCGAUCUUGCCUCUUGGGGAUUUUCAACCCAAAUUAUUGUUCUACCUAUUAACUCGCCAUCAUAGAACUCUAGGCAAGCAUAAUUUUUUUUUAAGAUUUGUUUUAUUUACUUGCAAGGUACAGUGCUAGGGAGUGGAGAGAGAGAUCAUCCAUCCCCUGGUUCACUCCCCAAAUGGCCACAACAGCUGGGUCUGAGCCAGGCCAAAGUCAGGGGCCUGAAACUCCAUCUGGGUCUCCCACAUGGGUGCAGGGCUUGAGCCGUCUGCUGCUGCUUCCCCAGGUGCAUUAGCAGAUAGCUGGAUCAAAACUAGGGCAGCCAGGACUUGAAGCAGCGUUCCGUUGUGGGACGCUGGUGUCACAGGCAGAGGUUUAACCUGCUGCCCCACAAUACCAGCCCCAAGCAUAACUUUCAGUACCAAAUAUACAGUAUUCUCUAAGUUAGGGCCCAGCCUAGUGGGUGAAGCCAGAGUCUGCAAUGCCAAUAUAUGAAAGCCUAUUUGAUCCCAGCUGCUCCACUUCAGAUCCAGCUCCCUGCUAAUGGACUGGGGAAAGCAUUGGAAGAUGGCCCAAGUACUUGGGCCCCUUGCCACCCAUGUGAGAGAUCUGGGUGAAGCUCCUGGCUAUGCCUGGCUGAGCCCUGGCCAUUGUGGCCACUUGGGGGAGUGAACCAGCAGAUAGAAGAUCUCUCUCAUGCUCUCUCUCACUCUCUGACUUUUAAAUAAAUAAAUCUUAAUAAAAAUCUCUAUGGUGCAGACAACAGAGAAAUCUCUUGAAUUUAAGUCACUAAAAAUGAGUCAUAGGUUUUAUGUCUCAGGUUUAAAAUUUUUUGAUAGUAUUCUUAGUCUCCCACUACUGUGGCCAGUUUAGAAAUGAAGAAUUGGCUUAUUCCUCAUCUUAAUUAUGGAUUUAAAAUUAGAGAGGUUUCAGGCAAAGAUACCUCAAAGGAAAAAAAAAACUACAGACCAAUAUCCCUUAUAAAUAUGAAUGCAGAAAUCCUCAACAACAUACUAGCAAACCAACUCCCAACAGCUCAUUAAGAGUAUACACUAGGAGGGGCCAGCGCUGUGGUGCAGCGGGUAAGGCUGCUCCUACAGUGCUGGCAUCCCAUAUGGGCACUGGUUCAAGUCCCAAAUGCUCCAGUUCUGAUCCGGUUCCCUGCUAAUGCGCCUGGGAAGGCAGUGGAAGGUGGCCCAAGUCCUUGAGCCCCUGCACCGGUGUGGGAGACCUGAGGGAAGCUCCUGGCUCCUGGCUUCGGAUUGGCCCAGCUCUAGCCAUUGCAGCCUGUGGGGAGCAGCCCGGACUGGACUGAGUUACUGGAAUUAAGACUUAUUCUAUGCAUCUGCUCUCCCACAAUAUGGCGCUGGGAGAGAAGUAAACAGCUUCUGCACAGCUGCCUCCAGUUCAACCAAUAAACUGUAGGACUUGCUCCUGAUUGGAGGAGAGCAGCGUACUCGGCGUGUGGGCAGCCGAGUUGGGAUUGGCAGAGGAGGACUAUAAAGGAGGAGAGAGACGGCAUGCACCGGGGAACAUCUAAGGGGAACAUCUAGCUGAAGGAACACCUGUGCAGCCCCCGAGAAAGCCGGCCGGCGGUGUGCCGCUCCCCUGCGGAAGUGGGGAAUGUGGCCAGGGGGAACUGCCCUUCCACGGAGGUGGAAGGGACAGUAGCCAACCCGGGAAGAACCAGCAGCAAACCCGGGGAGGGCCGAGCAGACCAAAGAACAGCGCAGGGUCCUGUGUCGUUCCUCCACGAAGAGGGGGAGCGACAGCAGCCAUUUGAGGGGUAAACCAGAAGGUGGAAGACUUUUCUCUAUCUCUAUCUAUCUAUAUCUCUAUCUCUCUAUGUCUAUCUCUCUGCCUCUGCCUCUGUCUCUGCCUCUCUGUAACUCUGCCUUUCAAAUAAAUAAAUUAAAAAAAAAAAA